ACUCUGGGUCUUGUGUGGUCGCAAUGCAAGGACUUGGAGUCAGGUGUGAUGGCGGCGGAGGAUGAGGAAGAUGCUGAGUGUGAUAUGAUGCGGAAUACGAGAGAAGACGAUAUGCUCUUUGCGAGAGUUGACAUGAAAUCAAUUCGAUGAAUCUUCUUCCAUCGAAGACUUGGAGGUGAACGGAUUGUACCAUUCACGACAGACCUCGCUGGAACACCGUUGAUGCACAAAGAUGCGUUGUAAGGGACCGAGGUUCACUGUUGUACUUGUCAUGAUGUUGUACAUGAUGAGUAGCAACGAGUCGAUGCCAUUGCGGAAGAAAACUUUACCUGCCCUACCGCGGAAAACUUCACCUGCUCGAUCGACACCACUCCGCAAAGCAAGCAAGCUGAAAACACAAGUCGCUGUAAAGAAAAGGCUGGGAAGACGAGAACGGAUGAGGAAAACAAGGAGAGUCAAGGAAGCGAAAUCUCGCCAUCCUCCUCCUCCUCCUCCGAUCCGGAGGUCUUCAAUUAUUUUCAAUAGUCCAGAGGAUCUCGAGGGGAAGCGAGUCGGAGAUGUAAUGAAAGAAUACCUUCCGACGAUGGAAGAACUUCGGGAGGCCUUUGUGGCGUGCGAUGAAGGGAAAACCCUGACGGAGCACCAAUCAUGGUUGAUUGCCACUUUCGUCAGUCUAGAGGACAUGCCCACCAAGUAUCACCGAUUCAUCACCGACGAAGAGUACAAGAAUCAUCAAGUUUCGUACGAAGAGAACCGGUUGAUCUUGGGGUGUGGAGAUUUCGUCAACUGCGAGUUCUGUCAUUAUCGCUACAAUCGAACGAACUGGCAGAAAAGGCCCGAAGAAGAACUACCCCAGAACCUCACACACUACUAUGACAUGGCUCAUGACAACCUGAAGAUGCUUUUGGAAAAAAUGAAGAUAAUGUUUGAGAAUCCGACAGAUGAAGCCCCGCGAGCGAUUGAAACCUUGGGAGAUUUCGACUUCAGCAAAGAGAUACAGCCAGUGAAAGAGGCGCACGUGAUGAGAGAUCCGAAGGUCAUGAACUGCAGCAUCUUGCAGCUCAAGCAACACGCUGAUUCGGAAACGCAUGGCACGCAGCAUGCGUCAUGUAACGUCCAAGCAAUGUCAAGGUUGCCGAUGAAAGAAAGUCUGUCUCUCGGGCUCAAACGGUUUCAGAUCGAGAGAGUGGGGCUGGUGCAUCUGAGAAACUUGGGACGUGGUUUCGCUGUCUUCAACGGCACAAAGAUCCAGGUGAUCGAGGAGAUAACCAAUGGGUUGAUUAUGAAUGUUACGGUGAUUUCGGCGAACCCGAUUAUGCGAUAUCAGUUCGAGUUGAGCAGGCUGGGCGUGGAAGAGCACAUAGACAAAUGGGUGCAAAGAGACAAGGAGGACCAGGAGAUGAGGCUUGAGGCGUGGCAAGCUUUUCAAGAAUGGCAGAGAGCAGAACUCUUAGAACUGGAGGAAGAGGAGAAGAAGAAGGAACGCCCCAAGUUCAAACCCGGGCAAUGGAAACAGAGGUAUGGCAUGCGGUGUUCUUGCGAAGAUGGUUAA